UUUACAGAACAGUCUGAGAAAGUUCUAUGUAGAGAACAGAAAUGGAGAUCUUCCAAACCACCUGUGGCAAAAGUCAAGUUAGGGCUUGAUUUGGAACAACAUGAACUUAGUGCUAUACUAGAGGUAGACACACCGAAGAGUUACAACAUUUCUUUUGCAGAUAAAACAGAUUCUGGUGGAGAAUCUUCUCCCAUUUCGACCAUUGGGCCGUUUGGAUAUGUGAAACAUUACAGUCAUGCUCUCCAUGAAGAAGGCAGGUUACCUUCGAGCAUAACAAACUACAAGGAACCAAUCUCUAAUGGAAGUCCAAGGCAAAGUAAACAGUCAAAUAGAUUAUUACAAGAGGUGCUAAUGAUGACUGCUGAAAAUUCAUAUGAUUCAGCCCAGCCCCAGGAUUCUCAAGUGGCUCAAGAUUCACCAGUUCUUGCUGCUGAAAUUGGAGAGGGAGUUAAAACGCAUUCUGGACCAUCAUUCAGACUUGAUAAUACGGAAGUACUUUCUAAAGUAGUAUCAACGAACUUAGGUUCAGAGGCUUUCAUGCAAGGAAUACCCUGUGACUUAUCUUCAACAAUUUCCACUGGAAGCUUUUUGACUAGUGAAACGUUGGAUGUGAGCCCUGUUGACACUGGAUUGUCUUCUGAUAGUACGGAAGAUCGAAUUUUGAGAGAAACUGUAAGCUGCCUUUGGAACUCCUUGCUGCCUUUUACCUUGCAGCAGAGGCAAGAGAAUUUGUCUGGAGCAUCUGAAACUCAGUUGCCUGAAGGAGAGAUGUACCUUUGUAAAGGAAGUCAGAUACAGCAGAUCUUGGGGAAAGGUACUGGAGACUUGAACUCUUACUUGGAGGACAAUACACAUUUCCAAGCUCUAGCAGCUGAACUUGAUUUUCCUGAAAUAGAGAGACAUUUUCCAAACUUCCAUCACCAGCUCUUUCAGCCUUUGGAACCAAGUCUUGACUUUGAUGCUUCAUCGUCCUGUUCUCAAUACAGAAUUUCACAAGACAGUAGAGAAUUUAGCAAGACUUCAAAAUUUUCAACAAAAAGUCAAGACAUGUCUAUGUUUCUAGAAGUGGGAAACUCCAGUUUGAAUAUACAAAGAAGCAGUCUGCCUUCCAGUCUUGAAACAAACGGGCCAAACAACAUUACAUCAGAAGAAGAGUCUGUUAAAGAAAAUGCUACUCUAGCAUCUGAAGAAUCUUUUCACCCACUGCAAUCAGAAUCUACUCUGAGUGAUCACUAUCAGAAUGCUGAUCAGCCAGGAGACCUUAGUGCUGUGUUACAGAGAUCUUUUGAACGAACCCCUGGAAUUAAAAAAUGGAGCAAUGAGAACUGUAUUUCAUCUGCCAGAGAAUACGAAGAACUGGCAAGAAAUAUGGAAUGUAUUAAUCUCCAGUGUUCAAUGGAAGAUCUGCGAAAUGAAAGUCUGAAUCCACUGGAAGAGCAAAAAUCAUUUUACCAGCUAAAUACCACACCAGUUACAGUGGAUGAAACUUUCCCUCAACACUUGUUAAAAGAGAUUGUCGCUUCUGAAAAAUUACCUGUGGAGGCAUUUGAUAAGAAGUACGUGAAGCUUCCUGAGAAAUCAGUUCAUGUACCUGAAGCAAAUAAAGCUGUGGCGCUGGAUUCUCAGUACAAUACAAAUAUAAAGGAGCCAGAUGAAGGCUUUCCAGAACUACAAAAAUCUUCAAGGGUUCCCAGAGAAACCAACUUGGAAGACUCAGACAUCCAUUUACAGAUGGAUGUUGUUAUACAACAGAAUGGUUCUCUCCUGGAAAGACAUGAAAAACACACUAAUUCUCUGCCCAGAACCUCAUGUUGUAUUCCAAUCUGGGACACUGAGUCAGGCUGUGGUAUUAUGGAAGAACCUGAACUCACUCUGAUAAGUUCAAAUGACAUCAGUAUUGCAGAAUCAGACGUUGAACAUACUAACCAAGAGAAAAUUAAGGAGGAUAAAAUCAGUAACCCAGCAUGCGUGGAUCAGUCUGAAUUUAAUGUUUUUACUGAGGAGAGAGAAUUUUUACCGCUAGCUCCAGAUGGAGAUUAUUCAGUGUUUGUAAGGCCUGACAGCUCUUCCAAAGCCCAGAGUCCCAAUGACAGUCACUUUCCAUCGCAUCAGACUGCAGUGAUGCUGCUGGAGUUUGCAGCUACACCAGGAAGUUUGCAAGAAUCUUUUUUAAAAAGAAAGAAGAACUUCAUCCAGAAAUCUCUGAAAAGAGUAGAAGAAAUAAAAAAUAGAGAGAAAGAAAAUGAAAAGCCAGAAGCCAGACAGUUUCAAAGAGGAAAGUCUGAGAAGUUAAGCAGGCAAAAGGAGUCUUUUCUUAUCUCUGGGAAAAAAGGUGCAGUGGCCAAUCAGCUGAAGAAAGUAGGAGAAGUGAAAGUGUCUUCUCCAGAGGACAGGAAGUCUGGAGAAAUUGAAAUGCACCAGCGUACUUCAAGACUUUAUAAUCAACUUGCAGAAGAAAAAAUCAGAAAGGAAGAAAAAACAAGGCAAGAAACUUAUGCUAAAAAUAGAGAAAAGGCUAAAGAGUUUCAAAAGAAAAUGCUGGAAAAACUACGAGCCAAGAAGACUUGGAAAGCACCAUGA